UGAAGGUCUGGAAAAGACUGUUGGCGUUGGCAUUCAUCCCUUCUGAGAUCUAAUCACUGUCGUUUCGCCAUGGAUGAACUCGAGAUGUUUUGAGGAACCCACAUUGAUGCAUCUUACAUUAAUUUCAAAGGAGUUUAUAAACUGAUAUAGUGGGCAAAUACUGAACCAUAUCCUGUUUCCCACAAUGGAUAGACUAGAAUUGCCAAGGAAGCUUCUUCAAUCGACCAGUUCUCAAUCCUACAAUCUGACUACCAGUAUUGUUGGUUCAAGCGAUGACGAUUUCAUAGAUUGGUACAUCACGCUUACAUUUUUUACGCGUUUGCUUGCAUACAUUACAAUUUUAACAUUGCUUGUAGUUGUUGUAUACAUGAUAAUGAAGUACAUAAGUGACUAUGAAGACGGGAGGAGCACUACAGAGGAUGCGUUUGAUUACACCGAAAGCAGCCCAGUAUUACCGCCUGCAAAGACAAUUCCGGUGACAUACGGCACUUGUGAUCAUUUAGGUACCGAAUCCGGAAAUUGCAGCAGUACUAGCAGCAUCACUAGCUCCUCCGACGAGUUAUACGAUGGGAAAAUAUGUGUGAUCUGCUACACUGACCCAAGGAAUUGUUUCUUGGUUCCUUGUGGUCACUGUGCUACUUGUUAUGAUUGUGCACAAAGAAUUUUCGAAGGUGAAAAUAGGACAUGUCCAAUAUGCAGAAGAUUGAUCGGGAAAGUAAGAAAGUUGUGUGUUGAAUCCUAGACCUCCACUUUGUCUCUUCUCUUGGUUCAUGUGAUUGUACUCUUGAGCGGGAAGUAAUUAUUUAGAUGCCCUUCUUUUACCGGAUUGGGCACUGAGGCACAUAAUACAUUCGAUGGUUUGCGAAUUUUCUUUUUAGUUAUAUUAGUUAGGACCCAAUUUCUAAUCCUUUCUCACUAGGGUUUUCUUUAACUUUCUUUAAUUGAAUUGGGAUUGUGAGACAUGAUACAUUUUGUGUA